GAUCCGCCGAGUUUAUCGAAGGUGUAGCACACAGCAUAUCAUCGUAAUUGUUUAGCGUCUCGAUCUUUCUCUCUACCUUUCCGCACUCUCGCGCGCAGGUAACUCUUGGCCUUUUAGAACUCCUUCGGCGACCACUCCCCAGAACUUACUAUCCACAUCGACGUAAUAAACUCUUUUUAAAAAACGGAAAGAAUGCUCCGCUUUGUUCCUCGCCGUCUGGCCAUCGGUGCCUACACGCUCUUCAUGAUGGAGCAGAAGAACAACCCGAAGCUGAAAGGUCUGCGGAUCGCAGAGCGCGGCAAGAUGACGUCGAAGCUGUACAAAUCCCUCAGCCCCGCCGACAAGGCCUCCCUCGAGAAACGCGCCGCCGCCCACCCGUCCCUGCAGCGCAAGGACAAGGCGCCCAAGGCCGCGAAGGCGGCGAAAGGGGCGAAGACCGGCGCCGCACGCACCCCGUCGGAGUACGCCAAGUUUGUGCAGGCGAACAUCGGCCGCUUUGACAAGUUGCCGCACCUCGACCGCAUGAAGGCCGUGGCGAAGCUGUGGAAACAGCAACAGACCCGCACGGGCAAGUAG